AAGUGGCAAGGCAAGGCAAGGCAGACCAGCCAGCAGAACAGUCUGUGAGUGUGUACUGUGUAGACAACACAUUGUGCAAGCCGUGCUGUGAUGGUAAUGAGGCCUUCACACCAGUCAGUGUCAGUGUAACCUGUAACAUGGCUUCCACCUCAGACAAGAGACGACGAAGUGAACGACGAGUGGCAGUGAGCAGUGAAUGGGAGUGAUCAGACCACAACCCUUGCGCUCCUCCAACGACACAGUGUACAGGAUGACGACUGAACAAGACAUCGACUGCGGAUGCACCUGUAAUGGUUACAAACUGUUCCAAGGGCUGCAAAGGUUCGCCAAGCCUUCUGUUUUCGUGGCAGUGCUCAUCACCUUUGCUCUGGUUCUUGGAGCUAUACAAGGGUUCUUCAACGUCCAUUACACGACCAACUCAAUCAAUGCCUCAUUUGGCCUUGUCGAAUGGCUCAUGUUGGGCUCACAGGUGAUCCAAGGACUGAUCAUUGUACCGAUCGCGUACGCCGGAGGCCGUAGACACCGUCCUGUCUGGCUUGCUGCUUUGGGCGGCUUUCUUGUCAUUUCGUGCUUCAUUUUUGGAAGCAUAAUUUUGGCAGAAUAUGAAAACACUGAAGUGGUCACUACCUACAGUUUAAAGCAAGACCCAACUCUAUGUGUGAAGUAUACUGAGCGUGUGGUACAAUAUAAGGAGAACCAGGACUGGACAACGCUAACUGCGGUGUACCUGCUGAGCCUCAGUCUUGGUCUCGCCAAUAUCUGCUUCUUCGCUUUCGCUAUCACUUACCUGGAUGACAAUGUAGACUCUGUCAACAGCCCCGGCAUCAUUGGUAUUGUGCUGGGUUUGCAACAGCUGGGGCCGCUGCUUGGCAUGAUGCUGGCCUGGCUCUGCUCUACCACCGUCGUCACUGGUAUCCUCUGGAUAGUUCUGGGCGUUGUGAUGCUUGUGGUCUCCGUCAUACUUGGUUUGUUCCCUCGUAGCCUACUGGAUAACCAGGGUGGUCUUGCCUCCAACAAUAUCUACUAUACAAAGAAUAAAGGAUUCAUCGGAUCGUUUUUAAGAGUAAUAACCAACAAAAUCUUCUUGCUGAUAACAUUUGGACUAACACUGGCCUACACUGCCAUCUGGAAUUUCCGCUAUUUGCUGACUCGCUACGAGGAAUCUGUGUACUACGCCUCACAAGCCAAUGGCUUUGAUGAUCCAUGGACCACUCGUCAGAUAAUCACCUUUUUGAGGCCAGUCCUGGCUGGUGCAGCUAUCAUAGCGGCUGGUAUCAUCGUUUUCCGUUCUGAGCCUACUCCCACCAAACUGUCUAUCUGGACCACUGGUGGAUUCUUCUUCUGUGCUGCCGCAUUUGCUGCCAACAUCUUCCUCAGUUGCUCCAACAUCCACAUCAUCACUGAGAGCAAUAGUAGGCUAGACUUGACGAUGUACUGCAAUAAAGACUGCCAGUGCAAGGAGGACCUAGCAUUCACUCCUGUGUACGCCAGCCAAGCUCGUCUCGUUUAUUAUUCUCCUUGUCACGCCGGCUGUACUACUGCCACGUAUCAUGGUAGUGAUAAGGUGUACAAGAACUGUUCUUGUGUGCCAACAGAGUCUGUGGUGAGCGGAGUGUAUGAUGCAGGCUCGUGCCAACUGUAUGGAAUAGUGUUUGAAUGUCUCACCGUCAUUGUAGCUGUUCUUGCAGCAUCAACUGUCAUUGGUCUCCUCAUGCUUUUGUUCAGGGUGGUUCUCAACUGUGACAAGCCAAUGAUGAUUGCUCUACACCUGACAAUUGUCACUCAGCUGGCCACUAUUCCUGGUCGUCAACUCUUCCUCUUUGUUGCCAGGUGGUCAUGUAUUGUCUCAGGUACCGACGAGUGUAGACUACAUGAGGCGCAGCCAUUCGUUACUUACAUCAAUCUCACCACAAUCUUAUUCUUACUUCUAUCUGUGGGCGUUUUUUCCGUGACGAGCUUCAUCGUUCGCAAUGUGGUGUUGUACGGUGAGGACGACAGAUCGCCUACACAUGCAGCCGCUAUGACAGAGCUACGGGAGUUCCGUGCAAAGAAUUCUAAUGGAAAAGGGAGACGUCACUCGUUCCAUGGAGAGGACCAGAAGCUACUGGACACUGCGGGGGUGCCUCCAGUAGUAGUGAAGAGGACACCGUCCAUCACGGUACCGGUCGAUGGGGAACACCGCCUGUCCACUUAUGAAGGCCAGAUGCAGAAAGCUGCGUCAUAUAGUGAUGAGCUGAACAAACUGCUACAGGCACCUCCGGCACCAGGACCGGGCGGGAACACACUACAGGUGCCGUCUCCAGGAGUGACAGUGAGACGAGAGGGCAUGCUCACCACACUACUGUGAGUUUGCUCUCUCUCUCUCCCUCAUCUAGUUCUCAGUAGUCAUACAGAGAGAGCUUUCCUGUUCGCUAAAGAAUCAAAGUUAUGUGCAUUUUAGUAUUACGAACAUUCAACCGAGUUAGACCUUUAAUAUUACUUAUGACGUGACAAUGUUAAAGUUAAUUUUAAAAUACUUGUAAAUUUGUCUAUCCAUUAUAGUAAGAUUUUAUAAAUCAAAGGAUUUUCCGUAUAAAAUAUCAGUUGCCAAUCACUGUCUCUGUGACAAUAAAAUUUUUUUCUUAGAUAAUAUUUGUCACAUUGCUCACCACCGUAAUAGUAAACUAAUAAUAACCAUAUCAAUGUAACAAUGGUUAAGGAAGCAUUUACACUAUUGUAAUGGUUCUGUAAAUUUCUUUAGACAUUUUUGGUUCAAAUGUAAAACAAAAUGUUAGAUAUAAUUCAAUUAAAUAUAAUUAAUUGAAUUAAAUACACCAAUUAAAUAUAAUUCAAUAUGUACCAAUAAAAGUUUCAUAGUAAUUCUUAAUAUCAUGAAUGUCUUGUUUUUUUUUACAAAACAAUUCUAAUACAAUUGAGAAAAAUUCAUUUCUUCUUUAGAUUAAUAAUUAUUUUAAUUGCUGUAUACGAUAUAUUUAUAAACUUUAUAAUAUUUAUAUAGGAACUAUUUAUGAUCUUCAUUAUCAUUAUGUUACACUUAACUUUGAGUUAAACAUCACUUAUUUAAAAAAUCAUUUGUCGCAUGUGGAUUGGAGACUGGACUUGUAUAAUUUCUCAAAAACAUCAGCAAACAUUUAAUAACUUGUAUACAUAAAACAUAAAAAGUUGUAACCAAGUAUUUUAAAGUAUAAUAUCACAUUUUUAAUAUCAAGAAAGUAUAAGAUUUUUUCAUUAAUCUUAAAAUACCAAUUAAAAGUUCAAAUUUUAAGUAGUAGUAGAAUAUAUUCAAUAUGUAUGCCACAUUUAAACAUUAAUUAAUUAUUUUGUCAGUAUUGAUGAAUUAAUUGUAAUUAAAGUAAAUAUUGAGUAGUCCAUUCAAUAUCAUAACAGUACAUUUAGUAUCAUAUAAAAAAAAUUAAAUAGCUCGGUAAAACAGUACAGAACGUAAACGAAACCAUCAGGUGAACUGAUCACUAAACACAAUUUUCACCCAUCAGUUAAGGAGAAGGCACUGAAAUUUAGCUAGAAAAAUUAAUGGUGAAUGCCACCAGUCCCUAAAAGAAUUAGCGUGAACCUUUUAAAGUAAUCAGAGACUAUAACCAAAGCAGGUUAGUUCAACCUGGCAAAUUAAAUGUAAAAUAAAACUUUAUAUUUGUAUUUAUAUUUAAAAUAACUUUCAUUUACACAAAAAAGUGAAAUCAGUAUUUAUAACAAGUAUUGAUUUUUAUUGUAAUCUUUGAAAGAUGUUUAGCUCUAAUCAUUUCUUUCAUCUUUUUGUUAAUCAGUUCAUACAUGACAUUGUGAAUUUAAUAAAAUCAAAAACCGUUACCAUUGUGUUCAUAGUUAUAUACUGUAAUUUACCAUUACAAUAACAUUACAUAAAAACUAAGACUUAAGUUAAGUUUUUAUGUUGUUUUUAUUUUACAUGUUAAGAUUUUUAUAUUCUAUUUUUGUUGGACUUUAGUAGUUAUGAAACAUUUAAUGUUUUACACAAACGUGUUUAUUGUAAUUUCAAGUACCUGCUAAAUAUAAAAAGUAGUUUAUUAUUGA